AUGCCUUCAGCGGAUCCUACAAACGGUGUCAAUGGCAUCGUCGGCCAGGACCGUCCGGUCAUGCGCCAGCGCAUGGGGAGUAGGAGUCUUCCGUUCAUGACUGACAUACUGGGAAACAGUCUGAACGAUCGCCUGUUGUUUGCGGUUCCCAAGAAGGGCCGACUCAAUCAAGCCUGCUUGGACCUGCUCCACGGCUCCGACAUUCAAUUCCACCGUCACUCGCGCCUCGACAUUGCCCUCGUUAAGAACCUUCCGCUCGCUCUUAUCUUCUUGCCCGCCGCAGAUAUCCCGACGUUCGUAGGAGAAGGUAGGGUCGAUCUCGGUAUCACUGGGAGAGAUCAGGUUGCAGAGCAUGAGUGCGCCGAGCCGCCUACGGCCACUACUGGCGUUGUAGAGGUCAUGGACCUUGACUUUGGAAGAUGCAAGCUCCAGGUCCAGGUGCCCCAGAAGGGCGACCUGAUGAAGCCAGAAGAUCUGAUUGGAAAGAACGUUGUCACAAGCUUCACAAACCUCACGGAGCAAUACUUCAGGAAACUAGAGGCGCAACAGGCUGGAGAUUCUACCAACGGCGAGGCGAAUGGGGAGAAGACCAAACUAAAGACGAAGAUAAAGUACGUUGGUGGAAGUGUUGAGGCUGCCUGCGCUCUUGGUGUCGCAGACGGCAUUGUCGAUCUCGUUGAGUCUGGGGAGACGAUGCGCGCUGCUGGUCUCCAUGCCAUCUCGACUGUCGUCGACACGAGCGCCAUCUUGAUCAAGUCAAAACACCCAUCAGACACCAAGCUCGUGGACCUCAUCACUGCCAGAAUAAAGGGUGUCAUCACUGCCCAGAGAUAUGUUCUCUGCACUUACAAUGUCGAGCGAAGCAAGCUCGAUGUCACUUCUAAGAUCACUCCGGGCAAGCGCGCGCCAACGGUCAAUUCUCUCGAGGAGGAUGGCUGGGUUGCAGUUUCGGUCAUGGUAGAGCGAUCACAGAUUGCAGUUGUCAUGGACAAGCUCACCGAGGCUGGAGCUUGCGAUAUCCUGGUCACGAAGAUCGAGAAUGCUCGCGCCCAGUAG